CUUGUCGUCCGGUGGUUUUAAAUCUACUUUCCCUUCAAAUCUCUGAUUUAUAAUAUUCCUGCACAGGACUGAUUCAGCAAGUGAGAGAUGGUUCAGCUGCACGUCAAACGAGGAGAUGAGAGUCAGUUUCUCUUCAAUACUACAGUGGAUGUCUCGAUUGAGACACUGUCCCAGCAGAUCAGCGCGGUCUACAAUGGAAGAUUAAAAGUGGACAGGAUCUGCUCUGAAAUUCCAGAGCUGGCAGAUCAUGGGAUUUCUCUUUCACCAAAUAUGCAGGGCCUGGCCGAUGAUCAGAUCAUGGAGCUCAAACUAAAGGAUGAAUGGGAAGACCGCUGCAUUCCCAGUGGUGGUGCUGAGUUUAAGAAGGAUGAGAUUGGACGUCGAAAUGGACAUGCUCCAAAUGAGAAGAUGAAAGAUGUUUUAAGGAAAACAAUGGAGGAAGCCAAGGCUUUAAUCUCAAAUAAACAAGUAAGAGCAAAUGCCUGUGUUACCAUGGAUAUGGUCAAAGAGGCUCUAGACCAGUUGCGAGGAGCUGUGAUGAUAGUUUACCCAAUGGGACUGCCUCCACACGAUCCAAUUAGGAUGGAGUUUGAAAAUCUAGAGGAUCUUACUGGAACACAGGCCUCAUUACAAGUGAUCCCAGAUGAAGAUGCUCAGCUGUGGUGGGCAUCUAAAGAACUGCAGAGGGGCAAAAAGCUGCAGGAUUAUGUUGGGAAAAAUGAGAAAACGAAAAUUAUAGUGAAAAUUCAGAAAAGAGGCCAGGGGGCACCAGCGCGAGAACCUCUAGUAGGUGAAGAUGAACAAAAACAGAUGAUGCUGCACUAUUACAAGAGGCAGGAAGAACUGAAAAAACUAGAAGAGGUAGAUGAUGACACACAUCUUCAGUCCAAUUGGUCGGACAGACAGGCCCUAAAAAGACAGUUCCAGGGACUCACAAAUAUCAAAUGGGGCCCAAGAUAGAUUAACAGAGAAAAUCACAGCUUUUCUACAAUAACUGUUUGGCACAUCAGAGACCUUAAACUCCUCUACAGCAGUUUUUAUGCAAUUCAGUGCCUUUAUUACAUAUGAAAGGUUUUAAAGGAGUAGAUCACUUCAGAAUUA